UUGCUGAGACGAUUAAAAAAUUAGAAGAAUGAAAAACCUUGGGGGGCAAUUGCAAUUUUGACCAAAAUCUCAUAACUUGGACACAUUCAGCUACGACAACAUUAAAAUAAUCGGAAUAAUUAAUUAACAAAAUAGCAAAAAAAGCAUCAAAUACACGCACAACAAAAUUAUCUCACCGCGUUAUCGUCGUUAUAUACACACACACACACAAGAGACUUAUUUCAAAAAUCCGGACACGUUCGUUUGAUCGGAAAAAAACAUGAGCAUCUUCACCAAGAAACCUACGGCCAGAGAAAUGGUUCGAGAGAGUAAACGAGAUAUGGCCAACGCUACUAGAGGUAUAGAAAAAGAAAUCAGCACAUUGCAAUUAGAGGAAAAGAAGCUUGUCGCUGAGAUAAAGAGAACUGCUAAAACAGGGAAUGAGACAGCAACAAAAAUCCUAGCACGCCAGUUAGUCAGGCUCCGCCAACAAAUAGCCAAUUUACAAAGCAGUCGAGCUCAGAUGCGAGGUAUGGCGACUCACACUCAGGCAAUGUCUGCUCAGACUUCUGUAGCUAUUGGUAUGCAAGGUGCCACUAAAGCUAUGGCUGCAAUGAAUAAGCAAAUGGACCCCGCGAAGCAGAGGAAAGUGAUUCAAGAAUUCCAGAAGCAAUCAGCGCAAAUGGAUAUGACCACUGAAAUGAUGUCGGAUACAAUCGAUGAUGCUUUGGACAACGACGAGGCUGAGGAUGAAACAGAGGACUUGACAAACCAGGUGCUCGACGAAAUUGGUGUAGACGUCGUCUCACAGUUGUCAUCUGCUCCAAAAGGAAAAAUUGCUGGGAAGAAGGCACAGGAUGUUGGCAGUUCAAGCACUGAUGAUCUAGAGAAGAGAUUAGCUGCCCUCAGGAAUCCUUGA